UGUCAUUUAAUUUUAGUGAUUUAUGUUGACGAGGUUGUUAUUUUAGCAUCAAAAUAAAGUAUUUUAAAUUGAAUAAACACUUUAAGCUAUUAAUAUCAGUAGAUUGUGACCCAAUACAUUUUUAAACAUGGCUCAAAGGGAACGGCGCUCAAAUGCUGGCAAUCGAAUGGCAAAGUUGCUUAACGAAGAAGAGGAGGACGAUUUUUAUAAAACAACUUACGGAGGUUUUCAAGAAGGAGAAGAAGACAACGAUUAUGUUGAAGAAAAAGAAACAGAAGAUGUUGUGGAUUCAGAUUUUGAUAUUGAUGAGAAUGAUGAGCCAACUUCUGAACAUGAUGAUGAGGAAACGAAGAAAAGGAAAGUUGACACAAAAGCUUACAAGGAUCCAAACAGAAAACGGAAAGGUGCAGAACAGAAAGUGAAAAAAGUUAUAAAAAAACCUAAAGAACACAAAGUAAAGGAAAAAACGAUCACAACUUCAGUGGAAAAGGUUGAUAAAUCUAUUAUUGAUUUAUCUAUAGAAAGGAAAUCCAUAAGACAAAGUACAGCAGUAAAGUCAGCGGAGACUCAACAAAGAAUCAAAAUAAGAUCAGAAUUAAAGAAGAAGAAGCCUAAAAAAGUAGAGGAAAGAGUACUGACACAAGAAGAAUUGUUAGAAGAAGCACUAAUUACAGAAAAAGAAAAUCUUAAGAGUUUAGAGAGAUUUGAACAAAAUGAAUUGGAAAGAAAGAAAGUGAGACCUAUCAAGAAAACUAUCACUGGACCAGUAAUAAGGUAUCAUUCAUUCGCAGUACCGGAACCUUUAAUAUCAGAAAUUACACCUGAAACAAACACAAUAAUAGAAGAUAAUAAAGAUGAGGAUAUGAUUAAAAGUGAAAAAGAAACUAUGGAAGAAGUGCCCAUACUUGAAGAGAAACCAGUUGUAGAAGAGAGUGAGAUAAAAGUAGAAAGAGAUACAAGAACUAAGAUGGAUGUAGUCGGCCCUGACGAGGAAAUUAAAAUUGAAGAUGUUAAAUUGAAAAAUGAAAAACAAAACAAACCAAAAAAUACAAACUGCAAGUUUUAUGAAAGGACACUAAUAUCUUUUGAGAACGAUAUUAGAAAUAAAGCCUUCAAAUCUUGCUUCCCGACUUCAAAACCUAAGAAGCGACGCGAGUUACUGUGUGCUGUUACUAAGAAACCAGCCCGUUACAUAGAUCCUAUCACGAAGUUGCCGUACAGAAGUGUCGACGCUUUCCGUAUAAUACGUGAAGCGUACUACCAACAGCUGGAGGCGCGCGGCGACCGCACAGACCCGCAAGUGCAGCUCUGGUUAAACUGGAGACGAGCCAGCUCCGCCUCCAAUUAUGUUCAGAUACACAUCAAGUGACCAGUGUAUUGUGCUAUGGUGUGAAUACAGUGUGAACAAACUUGUGUGAAGACUUAAAACUUAGUGUCAGACCUAACAAGUUGUAAAUUAUCUGAUAACGAUCCAAUGUGUAAAAUAUGUGAUGAUAAUAUCAGUUACCUUAUCUGAGUGACAUCAUUUUUAAGAUAUCUGAGCCUCUAUCAGCCAGUUGUGGGACAGACCCUUAGUACUACUUAGAUAUAUCAUUUUAGUUUAAAUAAAAGACGCUUAUAGUGACUAGUGCCCGGAUAGUAACGGACUGAACUAUCGCACGACUGUUGUGCGAUUGUCGAUAGUUUCGCAGCAAACUCAACUGUUAGUUGCAUAACUAAAUGUGCGCUCCUCCAUAUAAGCACAGGAAUCAUCGUGCAACUAAACAGUUGUGCGACAGUUUAGUCAAAGGUGUGCGCGUGCUCUUGUGAAUAUUGAAAUUUUAUUAAGUGCAGGUUUGUAAAUUGCAAUAAUAUAGUAUACUGAAAGUAGUGUAGUGAAAUGUUUAACCACAUUGAGGUCCAUAAUAUAAAGAAAUGUAACUACAGUAGAACCUCGAUAACUCAAACCUCGGUAACUUAAAAACCUCUAUAACUUCA